AUGGGCCGGGCCGGCAGCUUGGCCGCUACUAUUGCGGUGAUUAUUGGAGCCGCGGCGGCGGCGGGAACAUUCCAGACAUGGAUGGGAUUGAAUGAGGCUUGUACUGGGAGUUGCGCCCCGCAAUAUCAAGUCCAGAUCCGUCUAUGCCUUGAAGACGCAACCGGAAGUGGAUGCGGAAGCAUUAACGACCACGUACAACUUACCCCUUGCUGCGCAAACGCUGUCGCAGCUUGGUCAGCUUGGUCGGCACCAACCGCCUGCAACGCUAACAUGACAUGUGGAGCGGAAGGUCCAGCCCAGACUCGCACUUGCGGUGCCCUGAACGGAUGCCCAGUCAAUACUACGACUUGUGUUGGUGAUACCCGUAUCAACAACGGAAACCCUUGCGCAACCGCCCGCACCGAUGGAAGCUAUCAAAUCUGUCUCUUCCCGAAAGAGGAAUGCUUCCUGCCGUACUUCAAGACCUUCAUGAACGCGACGAAGCGGUACGGCUGCGUCGUCGCU